CAGAGUUAACUCUCGCGAUAUCGCGGCCCUGUGAGCUCUGCGGUUCAGUCCUGCAGUAGAGUGGAGGAGCUGCUGCUGCUGUAAUCAUGCUCAAAGCUGUCAACAAGACAAACCUCAGGACUCUGUCAGGCCUCAUCCAACGGUUCCAGAGUACCUUGGUUGUGGCAGAGCACAAUAAUGGCACACUAACACCAAUCACUCUCAAUGCUAUCACAGCAGCCAGCAAACUCGGCAGUGAUGUGUCCUGUCUAGUUGCUGGAACAGAAUGCACUAAGGUAGCAGAGGAGCUUUCAAAAGUUAAAGGACUAAAAAAGAUACUGGUCGCCCAACACGAUGCCUACAAAGGAGCAUUACCAGAGGAUUUGACACCCCUCAUUUUGGCAACACAGAAGCAAUUCAAUUUCACACACAUCUGUGCUGGAGCAUCUGCUUUUGGAAAGAAUCUUCUGCCAAGAGUUGCAGCCAAGCUAGAUGUUGCUCCUAUUUCAGACAUCAUUGAGAUCAAAUCCGCUGACACGUUUGUACGGACUAUUUAUGCAGGGAAUGCCCUUAGCACUGUCAAGUGCAAUGAGAAGAUCAAGGUCUUCACAGUGAGAGGGACAUCUUUUGAAGCAGCUGCUAAAGAGGGUGGAAGUGCUGCUUCAGAACAAGUCUCUCCGGCUCCUCCUGCUGGGAUUUCUGAGUGGUUAGAGCAGAGUCUGACCAAGAGUGACCGGCCUGAGCUUACCAGUGCUAAGGUUGUUGUGUCUGGAGGCAGAGGUCUAAAGAGUGGUGAAAACUUCAAGCUACUUUAUGACCUUGCUGACAAGUUAAAUGCUGCUGUUGGUGCUUCCAGAGCUGCCGUGGAUGCUGGCUAUGUACCCAAUGACCUGCAGGUUGGGCAAACAGGAAAGAUUGUGGCUCCUGAACUGUAUAUUGCCGUUGGAAUUUCUGGAGCUAUUCAACAUCUUGCUGGAAUGAAGGACAGUAAGUGUCUUGUCAAUGCAGUUCUUUCUGCUACCACUUCAGUGUCUACCAGACCACCCACGUCUUAUAACCCACAAAUCUCCAUAUCGCAACUGUCCGACAGACACCUUGUAUCUCCCAUUUUUCUUCUCCUAUAUUUUGAAUCUGGCAGUUGUUCUUUAUGUUGUAUGUUCUCAAUAAACAAACAGAUAUGCCCCAAAUUGAAUACAAUAUUUUAUAUUGUCUUCUUUUAAAAUUAAGAUGUUAUUUUUCCUUUUUUUCCUUCUUCCGGUAAAGCUAUAGGGAAAAAAACAAAAAAAGACAGCAAAGAUAUGCACCUCUAAUGUUUGCCAAAAGUGCUUUAAAUGUUCUCAUUUUAUUAACUAUAGAAAACUUGAAAUUUAAUUUGAUCUGAAACACCAAAUAAAUACUUUUUUUUUUUAAAUAUAUAUAAAUCUAGACUAUUGUGGCUAUCAACAAGGAUCCUGAGGCUCCCAUCUUCCAAGUUGCAGAUUAUGGCUUGGUGGCUGACUUGUUCAAGG